AUGCAUCGAGAGGAGGAGGAGGAGGAGGAGGAGGAGGAGGAGGAGGAGGAGAAGGUUAACCCGCACUUUUUGUUGAAACACUACAAUGAGAACGAAAAACGUAAACGACCCCGACCACCAUCACAAAUUCAGCGUUCGUGUCUCCCCGCUAACCUUUGUUUACCUCAUUUCCUGUCGGAGCGCCCUCACUCUAGCUGGUCGUCGCCUUACUUUCAGUUUGAAUGUAACCGUCACACCGAUUAGUUAGAGAAGACUUUUAUUUUGUAAAGAAACACAACAGGAAGCAGAUUAGCCCCGCCCCUGAGAGACGACCCCACAACAACAACAACAACAACAAGAACACGACGACGACGACGACAACGACAUCUGGAGCCUUAAAGUGGAACGUUGUUUCUGAGAUCACAGGAAGCCACUUUGCAAUAAAAGCCUGUGGCAGACCUGACGAGUCCCGCCUCUUCUCUCAAUCCACCAAUCACAGAGCAGCAGGUCGACGGCCUGCUGCUCACCUUACAACCCGGACAACCGGUCUCAGUCACGGUGUUCUGGUCCUGUAA